GGAAUAUAAGAGAAAUCCAGUUUUUCCCACACACUGACCGGCAUUUGGUAUUAUCACUGCCAUUCUGGUAGGUGUGCAGUGUGCAGUGGUAUCUCCUUGUGGUUUUGCCUUUCCCUAAUGGCUGAUGAUGGUGAACAUCUUUUCGUGCACAUAUUUGCCAUCUGUGACAUCAGUGAGUUGUCUAUUCCUGUCCUUUGCCCAUUUUCAAAUCGGAUUGAACUAGAAGAUUUUAAGCUGACAUAUGAUCUGUUUCGCAAACAUCACUCUAGUUGCUUUGAGAAUUAACUAAAGGAGCCAAAAGGGGCCACAGGGGAACAGUUAGGAGGUGUUGUAGAAGUUCAGGAGAGAGAUGGUGUUGCUGCUGGAGAAAAAGAAAAAGGGACACUUUCUGGAAUAUUCAGUCCUUUGGCGGUAGAGCUUACAGGACUUAAAGGCUGCUGGAAUGUACUUCACAGAGGGAGAAACGGGUUUGGGAGAAGAGGAAUCCAGAUUCUGGAUUUAAGUUUGAGCUGCACGUCACCGUCCAAGGGAAGAUGUCAGGUCGCCUGUUGGAAAGUUCACAGAUAGAAACCUUGAUUUAGGGCAGUGGCCCAGGGAAGAGAGGAGGGAUUUGCGAAGCCCAGGGAGGGGGAGGGGGGAUUAGCAGCAAACCCUGACUGGUUGAAUAUGAAGGUGGGGGUGGGGACGCAGAAGUUUCUGACUUCUCCACCGGACUACGCGGGACUCCUGCGCCCUGAAAAGUGACGCCGACCCAGCCCUGCCCCGAGGGACGUUUCCACCAGGGCGGAGGUGCAGGCAGGCCCGGCCACCAUUCGCUGUAAUAUGAGCCAGGCCCCGGCGGGAGGGGGCCAGGGGACCACGGAGGAGCUAGCUGCGGGCCUCGGAAGAGACCGCGAGAGCUUUGCCCCCUUUAGGCUGAGGCCGACAGGCGUCCCGGAGGAGGUGUAACUUGAGCAGACCUUCCAAGGUCACGCGGAAACGCCAGAAAGCCUUUGAUGAAAGAACUUCAGGGUUUGAAGGACAAGCGUCCUUCUCGAACAGCGCUGCCCAGGAAAGAAGGCGGGGAGGGGCGGGGCGAGGGCCCGCGGCCGGGCUCGGACUCGGACUCGGAAAUCUUCGGCCCGGGCUCGGCAAUCAGUCCCCAACUUCGGCCGGGGCCUCGAGCCCGGGGCCGGUCCGGAAACAGCCGAGCGGAUCCGGAAACAGCCGAGGGGACCCGGAAGGGGUGAGCGCCGUCACCAGGGAGUGCUGGAACCCGCCGUUUGCGCGGAGGCGAUGGCGGCAGCUGCGCCGGCGGCCGCGGGCGAGGAUGGCCGGCGACGGCGGCCGGGGGCCGCCCUGGACCCCCAGCCCCAGGAAGGGGCGAAGGGUGAGGCCGAGUCCGAGGAGCUCGGCCAGCUGCGGGCCGAGCUGGCAGGCGCCCUGGCAGAAAUGGAGACCAUGAAGGCCGUGGCGGAGGUGAGCGAGAGCACGAAGGCCGAGGCCGUGGCUGCAGUGCAGCGGCAGUGCCAAGAGGAGGUGGCUUCAUUGCAGGCCAUCCUGAAAGACUCCAUCAGCAGCUACGAAGCCCAGAUCACUUCCCUGAAGCAGGAACGGCUGCAGCAGCAACGGGACUUUGAGGAGAAGGAGCGGGAGCUGGGACGCCUGAAGCAGCUGCUGUCCCGGGCUCACCCCCUGGACUCCUUGGAGAAGCAGAUGGAAAAGGCCCAUGAGGACUCGGAGAAGCUUCGGGAGAUCGUGCUGCCCAUGGAGCAGGAGAUUGAGGAGCUGAAGGCGAAACUGCUCAGAGCGGAGGAGCUGAUUCAAGAGAUCCAGAGACGGCCCCGGCACCCCCCUUCCUUGCAUGGCUCCACGGAGUUGCUGCCCCUGUCCCGGGACCCGUGGCCCCCGCUGGAGCCCCCGGAGGAGCCGAGCGGAGACGGGGGCGCAGCGGCCGAAGCCUUCGCCCACAACUGUGACGACAGUGCCUCCAUCUCCUCCUUCUCCCUCGGCGGCGGGGCCGGCAGCACUGCCCUGCCCCGCAGCCGCCAGGGCCUGAGCCCCGAGCAGGAAGAGACGGCCUCUCUGGUGUCCACGGGCACCCUGGUCCCCGAGGGCAUCUACCUGCCCCCUCCUGGCUACCAGCUUGUCCCGGACACCCAGUGGGAGCAGCUGCAAGUGGAGGGGCAGCAGCUGCAGAAGGACCUGGAGAGCGUCAGCCGGGAGCGGGACGAGCUGCAGGAGGGUCUGAGACGGAGCAACGAGGACUGUGCUAAGCAGAUGCAAGUGCUCCUGGCCCAGGUCCAGAACUCAGAGCAGCUGCUGCGGACCCUGCAGGGGACCGUGAGCCAGGCCCAGGAGCGGGUUCAGCUGCAGAUGGCGGAGCUGGCCACGUCACAUAAGGGCCUGAGCCACAAGGUGAAGCGGCUGACUGAGGAAAACCAGGGGCUCCGGGCUGAGCAGCCGCCGUCUUCAGCCCCCCAGGGUCUGGAGCAGGAGGGGGGCCACGAGGAGUCGCUGCCCAGCUCGGUGCCGGAGCUGCAGCGGCUGGUACGCCUCACGAGGCAGGAGGCGCGCGCCCAGCAGCAGGCCCGGGAGCACGAAGCCGAGCGCCUCCGGAUUGAGAUCGUGACGCUCCGCGAGGCGCUGGAGGAGGAGACGGCGGCCAGGGCCAGCCUGGAGGGGCAGCUGAGGGUGCAGCGGGAGGAGACAGAGGUGUUAGAGGCCUCCCUGUGCAGCCUGAGGACGGAGAUGGAGCGGGUCGAGCAGGAACAGAGCAAGGCCCAGCUCACAGACCUGCUCUCAGAACAGAGGGCGAAGGUGCUGCGGCUGCAGGUGGAGCUGGAGACCAGUGAACAGGUGCAGAGGGAUUUUGUACGACUGUCCCAGGCCCUGCAGGUGCGCCUGGAACGGAUCCGCCAGGCGGAAAGUCUGGAACAAGUGCGCAGUAUCAUGGAUGAGGCGCCCCUCAGGGACAUCAGGGACAUCAAGGACACCUGAGGGGCUAGAAACCCCCCACCCUGGGGGAGACUGCCUUUCCCUGCUCCUGAACCUAGAGGCCUGGGCUUUUUGCCGGGGCGGGGGCGGGGGGGGGCGGCGUGUCUCAGGAUAGAGUCUUCAUCCCCUCCAAGCCUGGGGUUGGGGUGCUGGGGCCACCACUGCCCUCUCUCCAGCACCUCCCCCCAGGGGUGGCUGGCCUCCUGCUCCCAACGACGACACCUGGGCAGGAGUCCCAGCCCCCUCCAGGAACCAAAGGUGUAGGCUUAGCCCUGCGGCUUUCUGGCUGCCAUGCUGCCUCCUGGGUCUCGGCCCUCCUGCCCCCCUGCCCCCAGCCAGACCGGCAGCUGGGCCCCGGGUGGUGGCUGUGAGCCUCUGGCCCACGGCAGCUGGGCCCUCCACACGCGCACCCCGGGACAGGCAGCUGCUUUCUGGACUGCAUGACACUAAGAUGCUUGUCCCCAGGGGCCCGACCCAGGCCCCGAGACGUGCACAGAGGCAAGACCAGACUUUUCUGUCAUUUAUUUUCAAUAAAUAAGCAGC